AUGAGAAAUCAAGAAAAUAUGGAGUACACUUUCUCUAGUCACAAACAAGGGGGGGUAAUGGGUGGCUACAGAUCUUGCAACGGGCUCCUAACAGGCUGGCACGCUGGAAGGACCAAAGGAAGGGUUUCAAAAAGAAAUGAAUUUUCAAAUGACCAUCAAAACCCAAAGAUAACAAACACCAAAGCAGAGUACCAGGUUGCCACCGUGAGAUUCGACGGAAGAAUGGUGGCAGAUGAAUCUGCUAUUUACUGCGGAUCUAUCGUUGCCUUUGAAAUCGUAAGCACAUGCCCACUAGAAUGGAAAAGUGGAACCUCACUAGACAGCGAGGACACGGACGUGGAGCCCCAUAUUUUGCAAUGGGCCCCCGAGGAGUCCACUGCCCUGAUUGGCGCCGUGACCUCCGGCGACACCUUGGCCUUGACCAUUUCCAGUGGUAUUCUGAGUGUUUCCUUUGCCAGUAGAACUCAUCGUGAUAGAAUUUCGGUUGAAUGGAUAUCUUUGGGUGGUUAUAAAUUCAAGACGACUGAAUGGCGCGUGAAUGGUGUGUUGGAGAAGGAUACUGUGGUAUUCAAGGUGGCCGAGCUGUUUGGGCAGAGUCCACGCCACAAAGUGAAAGAAGUGAUACUCGACAAUAUCAUUAUAAAAAUGCAAGAAAGCGGCGAGGUGGACCUGAAUGUUUCUGAAAGUUCGGAUGAUGCCGAGCCAAGUUGCCACAGCUACUUGAAGGCAGAAACUGAGAGAGUAAUUCGAUUUUAG